GCUCUUAAGGUUGAUAAUUAAUACUCUUCAGUUAUAAAAACAUAAAAUCCCUGUUAUUAUUUAACGUUAUAUCAAGUAUCAUAUAUCUAAUAUCUGUAUAAUGCAGAUGAUAAUUACACUGAUGUAUGAAGGUAAUCAGAUUAGGACGCAUAUAUAUUAAAAAUAAGGAUACUACUUAUAAUAAUUAAUAGUCUAAUAUAAUAUAUGUGAAUUAGGUUUUCCUCACAGUUGUAAACAGUAGAUACUUUGAAAUUAAAAACACCUACCAAAUUAGAUCCAACUGCUUAAAUUAUAAGUAUCUCUUAAAGUGUGGGAAGAUCUUUAAAUUAAAACGACUAUAGUAUGUAAUAUAAGUUAAUUUUAAUUUGUGGGUUAGUAUUAAAUCUAAUUGUGCAUUACAUAUUUAUAUUAAUUUUUUGUUUAGUUUCCAUUCGAAAAAAUAUUUAUUAUUAAGUAUAAAACUAAAAACUCAAAAUAUAUUCAUAAUCAAGCACAGUGUCUGUGUUCAUGACGUUCGUAACUUUUUUGUAAACUGAAUAUCUUAUUAAAACUGACCUAACCCAUCAGGUACUAUUGUGUGUAUGAGAUUUAUAUGGGUUAAAGGUAAUAUCGAUGACUUGAUUUGCAAAAGCAAAAAAAAAAUUGUAGGUCUUUUUGUAUUCUGUCUAUGGAGUGUCAGGAAGUCGACACUCGUUUCCUGCACUAGCACUAUACAAGUUUUGUUCGGCGUCGCGCGUAAUUUAUUAAUAUCGUCCACGUCGAAAGUAGCACACUGGUGGUGUGCCACUGCAUUAUUAUACACUCAUUAGACAACUCGAAUGGCGUUUUACACUUUUUUUCUUCUCUUUAUUCCUCGGACGUCUAAGCGAGUAUAAUAUGGCGCAAUAUACUUACACCGUCUACCAAUCAUCGUUGAUUGAUUGAUUAUUCGCAGACAGAAAUGGGUUUUCGGAGUAGGUUGUGGUAUGUGCAUUAAGUCUGUGAACGCGUCAUAACGAGCCGACGUUCAAAUGAAACCUUCGGUCCUCAUCGCACGCGCUCGGUGGCGCUGGUUAAUGUGGCGUGGAUGCGCGAGGGUGACUGUAAACUAAUCGAUACGGCGUGACGCGGCACGCUCGAAGGGGAACCGCUAACACCGUUAGACGCGGAUGGUGAGCGGGUGGCCCCGACGUGGUAUCGUCGCGCACAUUCCUCCGUCGUUUCGCGCCCCUCGGACCGUCGUCGCGUCUCCCUCGCCAGUACCAAUCGUCCCGCUGUCGUCCAUCGACGUCCGCCAUGCGUCAUCCGUCACGAGUCUUUUGUUGUCAUCACCGUUCCUGUUACCGCGUUACGGUACACCGACUGGAUUGACGACGUUAGACACCGACCGGGAAGCGCACUCGCAGUCAUAAUAUACGCAAUUGUUUCACCGCCGCCGCCGCCGCCGCCAUUGGUUGUGGUGGUUCUCGUGCUGGUGUCGCCGCUGUGGUUCGGGAUCGUGCGAUGCGCAGCUGACCAUGACACUGUGCCAAAGCGAGACAAGGAGGAAACAGCGGCGGGUCCACGGACUGCAGAUGCCGUGGCACCCGCAGCAAGUGGCCGGUUGGCUGGUACUGGCUAUUUUCGGUGCCUGUUCAUUCGGCGUCCUGUUGCCUGGCCUCGGGCCUGACGUCUACCCAGUCGCACUGUUCGUGCUGGGCAGUCUGUUCUUCUUGCAUGUCGUGUCGCACGUGGCUGCGCUGCUCAUCGAUCCCGCGGACCCACAGCUCCGUGCUCUCAGAGACGACGGGGAAUCGCCGCGGAAACCCGUCCCCGAGCUGGACAAGACCAAACACGCGCACGUUAUCGAGAACGGCAAGUGUCACCUGUGCAAUAUAUACACGUCUGGUCACCGGACCAAGCACUGCGGAUCGUGCAAUAAGUGCGUGGAGAAGUUUGACCACCAUUGCAAGUGGCUGAACCACUGUAUCGGUGCUAGAAACUAUGUAGCGUUCAUCGUGAGCGUCGUGUCGGCUGUGCUCGCGUGCUUGGUGAUCGUGCUGGUAUCGUCUGCUGAGCUGGUCAUAUACAAUUCGGACCCGGUACACGUCGAACAAUACCUGCGACCGAUUUUCGGCAGCAAUCAAACCAUCCAGGUGAACCAGUUGUUCAGUGUCAGUCGACUUUCGGUGGACAGGAACGUGUUCGUGGCUGUCGCAUCUGCCCAGUGCGCCUUGGCCCUGGUCGCCAUGGUACUGCUACUGCACCUGUGCGUGUUCCACGUGUACAUAUCCGCGCUGGGCAUCACCACGUACGAGUACAUCCGUAAUUACAGGCGAUACCCAGAGUUCGAUUCCAGGAACGCGGCUGCGUUGUCGUCGUCGUCAUCCCUGUCCGACAAUCACGUCGCGAUGUCUUCGGGUUCAUGCAACAACGCUGUGGGCCGGAAGUCCGCUAUGGCCAAAGUGUACGCGUCAGCGUGUUGUUAUAGCGCGGUUACCGCGGGCCGGCAUAAACGGCCGUCGUGCGGCAUCCACUCGAACCUUAAUGGCGCAGGCCGGAACGACCAGGAUGGUGCUAGCCACGAUGACAUGACUGUUGAGACGGUUGAAUCGUACGGUCGCAGUGGGGCCAGUAGACUGCUGAACCCGAAGGACUUGGACCGGACAAGACCGGAGGACCGCGAUCAGCAGAACCCUCAACCAAAGUGCCGGUACUGUCUGGAGAAGAACAGGAUCCGGGGCGAUGGAGCACGAUUUUUCGUGUUGGGUAAACGCCGAAAAGGGUUCUGCUGCUGCUUCCAGAAACCCGAGCCAGUAUUUGGUCGGACUGCCGUCCCCGCCGUUGCCGUCCACCACGUCAAGGUUCCACCAUCGCCAUUCGCGGUCCGCCGGAAUCGUGUCAUACCCGCCGACAGUGGUCAGUUGUCGUUGGUUGUCGACGAGUGGAAAUCGUUCAACUCAGGUUCACUCCCGGCCCUGCCACACGCGGCCGGCCACCGUCAGAUGCAAAAGAUCACGCUCAAAGAGCUAGGUCAGGUAUUGGCGUUCGUUGAACAACAACCUUUGAAAACGAAGCGGCGCAAGAUUGGCAGCGGAAACGGGCAGAUAAAACACUCAAAGUCGUCGUCCAACCUGUCGCCGAUUCACGAGUCGGGACUGUCCAACCCGUCGACGCCGCAACUGAAAAACCGUUACCCGCAGACCAGGCCGUGCAGUUGGCUGUCGUCGUCAUCACCACCGUCUUCCUCCCCGCACAACACUUCUAAAAGCGCGUGAUUUAUGUAUGUGUGGAUUUUCCAUAUCCACCCGUUUCUCCCC